AUGAACCCCCAGCCCGCAUCCCGUAUGCUGCAGCGUGUCUGCUUGCGCCAGCCGUCCGUCACCCAGGCAUGCCGUCAACAACUCCGUCAACUCUCGUCGCGACCUUCUCCGGCAUUGGCGCCUCUCGCCCGCACUCAAACACACUUUCUGAGCAACCUUCAAACACAACAACGACGAUGCGAAUCCACAGCAAAGCCCUUGACCGAUCGUCCAGAGCAGCUCCCUAAAGCCGAGGCCAGAGAAGAAGUGCCCUCCUAUGAGAUGACCUUCACCUGCAAGGCAUGCUCUACUCGCUCGUCGCAUCGCAUGUCCAAGCAGGGCUACCACCACGGCACCAUCCUUAUCACAUGUCCGGGCUGCAAGAAUAGACAUUUGAUCGCCGACCACUUGAAGAUCUUUUCCGACAAAGCCAUCACAAUGGAAGACAUUCUCGCGGAAAAGGGCCAGCUGCUCAAAAAAGGCGCCCUGGACUCCGAGAGCGACAUGGAGUUCUGGGAUGACGGCACUCAGACCGAGCACACGAAGAAGCCUUGA